UAACUUCUGUAGCAGCUGUAAGGGAAGGGAAUUAUUGAAAAAUACACACAAACAUCGAACAUUUCUAUGAAAUCAACGGGAAUCCUUCUCUGUUAAUUGACUCUCUGGUUUUAGUGUGCAACUGAACGCACCACCAGUGUUGCGUUCAGGAUGCAAGGUGCGUCCACUUUCCUGGAGGACUACGGAAUUUACACACAUGCUCCAGGGCUCUUCUCUCGAAACUCACAAGGUUGAUUUGGCAGGCGCGUCGAAUCCAGACUCGAAACCAAUUGACUUCUUAUUUCUCAUUACAUCAUUUCAAUUCCAUGUCGUCUUAGGCACUUCUCAUAGUCCCAUUCAUCUAUCAACAUGAAAUCCCAUUCGUGACGUUGGCAGUUUCAUUCAAAGUGUUUUGACUCAACCGCUAAUUGCGAGUUGGCUAACUUUGCACAGUUGGCGAUGUUUUCAAUUAAGCGCGUCAAAUAAGGUUUGUAUUUGAGUGGAUGCCGUGUAUAUGGAGUGAGUGAAGACAUUUUUCUGCAUUUUAUGUUGAUAACCCAGUUGCGGAUUUAUCUAAAAGAGCUAAAUCACACCUGCCAAUAUUCUAAAUAUAGCAUCUCUUUGGAGCUAGCUCCCUUUGAAGUAGCUGAAGCUUCGUUUAUUGUUCGUCUUGGGUCAAACAAAAUCAACAUUAAUGCCGACAGGAAGAAGUAAUGAUGUCCACAAAUAAAGAGACAACUGGGACUAUAAGAGAAGACAUUCAAGUGAAGACAUUAGCAAUUCCAGCCAAGUGUGGCCCCAUACCUUCUUCAGGUGUUUCCAAGGUGGAUGUGGUCUCCACUGGCCCUGUUCUCCAAGCCAACACCUCAUCAGUUCAGCCCCCUCAGACACCCUCCCCCGCCGUCAUGGUGGUGACCACUGUGUCCAAGCCAGGUGGGAUCGGCACAAACCAUCUAACCAAAGCAGCUUUGAGCCAAGCCAGCUCCACUCAAGGAAGGACAGUGGUUAUAACUGUGCCAAGGUCAGCAGGGCCACCGGUGGCUGUGACGUCUCGACCGGCUCAGACUCCGCUCCCGACCAACAUCCAAAUCCCGCCAGGUAUGAUGCUGAUCCGCAGUGAGAGUGGUCAGCUGAUGCUGAUGUCUCAGCAGGCUUUGGCCCAGGCUCAGCAGGGAGUGAAAAGCAGGAACGAGGCAGCAGGAAAACUGAUCCCCCAGGCGUCGACAGCAGCUGCAAGCCAAAGCAAAGAGAAGGUGACGGUGAUCCGGAUGACGGCUCCUCCUACUUUCCAGCCAGCAGCAGCGGUGAAGGUGAUUGGCAUGACUCCCAAAACACCCAUGGUUCAGCCAGUCGCCAUGGAAACCAAGAAAGAGCCCCCACCUACAUUUAGCCAAGAGACCUUAGAGAGCGUGAAGAAGUGCAAGAACUUCCUGGUGACCCUGAUGAAGCUAGCGUCCAGCAACUCCAACUCUGCCAACAUGGCCAACAACGUGCGAGGCCUGGAAGGCAAGCUGGAAGCGGAGGAGUUCACAGAGGCACUCUAUCAGGAGCUGAAGUCCACGCCACAGCCGUGCUUGGUGCCUUUUCUCAAGAAAAGUCUUCCAGCUGUCCGUCGCCUCACCUCAGACCCCCAGUUAUUCAUCCAGCAGGCCUCAUCUUCCUGCACCCCUGCUGUGAAGAAGCCCAGUGUGGACACAGUCCCAAGUCCAAGACCAGCCCAACAGCUGUCUAGUGGAGUAACGAGUCUGAGACCUGAGCUCACCAUGUUGGCCCAGUCCAGAGCAGUCAUCCCCAAGAACAUCAGGCCCGCUUCCACAGCCAAAGUCACCCUGGUCCAAACGGGAAAACACAUCACAGGAGCUUUCCCGCUGAAGCAGCCUUUUGUUCGAGAUCCGCCCAGCACCCCUAGACUUGUAUUCAGGGACACUUCAGCAUCUUACAAAGAUGAUGACGAUAUUAACGAUGUGGCGUCCAUGGCAGGAGUCAACCUGAGCGAGGAGAAUGCUCAGAACCUGACCAGUGCGGUGGGUUCUGUGGUCCAGUCCUGUCAGGACCAGCUCUUCCUGUCUCCUACCCCUGUCCUCAGCAGAAUCCUCCACACGGGACGGGAGCUCGGGGUGACUGAAGUGGGCCCAGAGGUGGUGUCUCUCGUCUCUCAUGCCACCCAGGAGUGUCUCCGUGGGAUCCUGGAGAAGCUCACUGUGAUGGCAGAACUCCGCAAAUCAGCAGUCAAGGAGGACUUGUGGCACGCCAAAGUGAGCGACGUGCGCUCUCAGCUGCGCUUCCUGGAGGAGGUGGAGAGUUUGAAGAAGAAGCGGAAAGACGAGGAGGAGAAGGAGAGGCUGCUGCGCUUGGCCAGGAGUCGCUCCCACACUGAGGACCCCUUGCACCAGCAGCUCAAGCAGCGAGCCAAAGAGUUGCAACAAAUAGAAGAAGCUCAGCUGCAGCAGCGCGAGGCAAACAUCACCGCUCUGGCCGCCAUCGGGCCACGUAAGAAGAGACCGCUCACUCAGAUGGAAAGACAGGUGUCCCUGCCGCCCAGACAGGGCUUUCAGCGCGUGACUCGGGUCAUGUUGCGUGACUUGCUGGCGUGCAUGGAGCAGGACAGCUUCCUGCGUCGCUCCCUCAUUCUUUACAAAGCAAUGCUGUGAUAACUUGCCGGCUCCUUCCACUGAUUGGUCCAAUAUGAAUAAUAAUUUGUUGUGUUUAUAUUGACUCAUUUUUGUUCUUUCAUAUAUUUUGUUAUUUAUGCAGCUGCUGCUGUGAUUACAGCUCUUCUUUUUUUGGGGGGGGGGAUUUGUUAUUUUUAAGUUCUCCUUACUUAACUUACUAAGUUGUAAAAGAGUUGCAAGUGUUAAAUAUGUUUGUUCAUCCGUCACAUUAAAAAAAUGU